GAAUGGAGUAGGGGCGGAGCUGGGGAAAGCGCGCCACAUUCGGAAGUCCGGGUAGUCAGUCAGUGAGUGUAGAGUCCCCGGCCCGUGUCCGCCAUGUCUGAAUUACUCCCCGGUUAUUCCCGCUUUAAGAAACCGGCCGAAAUCCUGCGGCUGAGCCGGAGGAGCGUAGUGAGGCGGGCCCGCGGGACGGCGCUGUUCUCCCCGGGGGAGGUGGCCAGGCGGGUGCCCGGGGUCCGGCCAUUCUCUCCGGGGACACAGCGGGGCGGGGGGGACGGCGGUGAAGAGGAGGAACCCGUUCGCCAGUCUAGAGAACACGGUGGAUGCCAGAGGAGAGCGUCCUGCUUGGCGGAGUGUGACUUUUUGGUGCCGGUCGUGGAGAAGGAGAACCCGGAGCCCGUCCAGCUUCAUAAGGUAGAAGAUGUACUUUGCGGAGACGGCCUUGAACUUGAACCCAUUAAUACCACAAAGAGUGAGUCUCCAGAGAAGCCACUCGCAGCCACUGAACGAAAGGCGUCUGUGACAUAUCCAGCAGACUGGAGUCUCAAGACGCGUCUUUUAUUUACCUCUUCCCACCCGUUUUCCUGGACCGAUCAGUUAAAAGCUCAGGAAGAAGCUCAGGGCCUAGUUCUACAUUGUCGGGCCACACCAGUCAGCCUGCCUCAAACAAUAGCAGAGCCAAAGCAGUGCACUGAACUCCGAUGUGCUUUUCAGCAAGCUCUGGUGUACUGGCUUCAUCCCUCCUUACCCUGGAUACCUCUCUUCCCCAGAAUAGGAGCAGAUCGAAAAAUGACUGGGAAGAACAGUCCUUGGUCUCAAGAUGAAUCUCUGCAGCAGGUGUUAAUGAGCGAAUGGUCUCUUAGCUUUACAUCUUUGUACAAUUUGGUUAGGGCAAAGCUGUGCCCAUACUUCUAUGUGUGUACGUAUCAGUUCACAGUACUGUUCAGGGCAGCCGGUAUUGCGGGAAGUGAUGUCAUUACAGCGGUCAUGUCUCCAACCACACGAGGCUUAAGAGAAGCAAUGAAAAUGAAGGUAAAUUAAGGAAUUGAAUUUUCUCUCCCACUGCUGGAGAAUGACCCGAACAGAAAGCAGAAGAGUUCUGAAACAUCUCUGUCUGAUGACAAGGAAACUGGAAACACAAGUGAAGGAGAGGAGAUUCCUCUAGACAGUGAUGAUGAAGAUGAAAGCUUCUUGUGGUUGGAAGAAAUGGGAGUAGAAGACAAGAUUAAAAAGCCAGAUGCCAUAUCAAUCAAACUCCGUAAGGAAAAGAAUGAAGUGAAACUGGACCAUAGACCAGAAUCUGUUGUGCUGGUGAAAGGCGCAAACACUUUCACAUUACUCAACUUCCUGAUCAACUGCAAGAGCAUAGUAGCUGCUGCCGGCUCUCAAGCCGGACUCCCACCAACGCUGUUGUCGCCUAUCACUUUCCGGGGAGCCACUAUGCAGACUCUAAAGGCCCGAAGUGUAAAUGUGAAAACUCGGGUUCAGUCCGGCUACAAAGAUCAGUUCAGUCUGGAGAUUAGCGGCCCGAUCAUGCCACACGCUGCACAUUCACUAACACUUUUACUCAAAGCAGCACAGAAGGGGAGCUUCUCGACUUCACUGUAUACACAUGAGCCAACCACUGUAUUCAACACGUCCAUCCAUGACCAGUACUGCAAGGAGAAGGACAAUGCUGAGCUUGUAAACUGUGGACUUCACCCCCUUACAUUGGAACAGUUCAGUCAGUUAUCAAUUCUUGGAAAGACCUCAUUACGCCAGCUGGAACUGAGCGACUAUAUGUACACAUGGAAAUGCUGAACGUCGUCCUAUGAGCUGAUCACUGUGAUGUCAUCCAGGCAGUUCCAUAUACCAUGUGCAAUGACACAGAAUCCCCACUGCCAGGAGCUGCCUGGGUGACUCUGGUUUGGAAGUUUCAUGGUUUUAUUUGUUUAAUUUUUCUACUCCAAUGACAUGAACAAAGAUGGUUGUUACUCACGUUAUCAAUUUUUAAAAACAUUAAAUUAUAUUUUAAUCAGCUGUGAACCAAUGCAGUUUAUUAUCAGUGUUUAUAGGGGGGGGAUCAGCCACACUCCAAUUAGCUUUUCUUGCAGUAUUUCUAAAAAUCGGUGCAUUGACUGCUUACAGUGAUGUCUCAAACACAAAACCAAACUUUCUUGACACAUUUCACCACUUCUGGCUUUCUCACAAGGAUAGCGGAACUGCAAGAACAGCUAAUUGAAGUGCGGCUGUGUUAUUUUAUUUUUCGAUGAAAAGUGGAGAGACAGACUGUGAAGCCCGGCACUUAGGUUGGCCAUGUGCAGGAGAGGCCAGUCUUGAGUGGAGCUAUGGAUCUGUGUGUUUCUAUUCUGAGUGUUUGAUAAAGUAUUUUAUAUAAGGAAACCUGAGAACCUUAUUGGACGUCUGUCCUAUUCUUCAUGACAUUUCAGUGCUGAAAAAUUAAGAACCAAAUUUGCUGUGAAGUCACCACUUCGUGCUUGAUAUGUUGAUUUUCCUAUAUUGAACUAUCCACAAAAUGGGGAUGAUUUGCUACAGAAGUAAAUAGUUUUUAUUGGGCUAUGUUUAAAAAAAAAAAAUACUUUUUAGUACUUGUAAGUGAUUUAUUCACGCAGUAGUCCCAAGAGCAGCAGCCAAUCGCACUCAGAUUUCAUUUUAUUCAAAGCAAGGUCGUUGAAAAGUGGAUUCUGAUUGGUUGAUGUGGGUUACUGCAUCUUUUCUCAAGUUAUGCCAGCUAUCAAUGCCUUUUAAACCUGGAAAUUACCUACUUUAUUACUAGUAAAACAACUACAGACAAACUUCACUUUGGACAGUUGGGGAUGGUUCUUACUCCUAUUGGAUCCAUCUGUAUCCCAUUGGAGAGAUAUACAUUUUAGACCCUUUCACACUGGGGCUGCUCGUUUUAGCGGCGCUGUUUAAGCAACGCUUUUCAGCUGCUAGCGGGUGGCGUUUUUUAACCCCAAAGAAGUGUUGAAGUGCUUUUUGGGCGAUUCGAGACGCGCUGCCCAUUCAUUCCAAUAGGUAGUGCGUUUUGGGAGCGCUAAAUACAGUGCUCCAAAGUCCCGCAAGCACACCUCCAAGUGACAAGUCACACUUGAGUGAAUUAGAGGCUGUUUUCAGCUGAUGGUCUGCAUGUGAAAAGUGAAGUCAGACUAAAUUCAUAACACCUCUUUUGUAUUCUUGUUCUGGGUUAGUGAUCCAAAGUACUGAUUCAUUUGUAUCCUGCUUUGACUGCCAGGCAAUGGGCAUGUACUUAGAGGAAGCCAUUAUUGGCAGCUUACAUAUUUCUUACAGCACAGAUCUCCUGCCCUCAACUUCAUCAUGUUAAUGUAUUUAAAUAAGUGUGUAUGAUUGUGAUUAAUGUAAAUAAACAUGUAAAUCCCUG